CAGAUGAAUAAUGUGACUGAGUUCAUCCUCCUGGGCUUGACCCAAAAUAUGGAGCUUCAGAAACUUUUAUUCAUUGUGUUUUUAAUUGUCUACUUGGUUACCUUGGCAGGCAACAUGCUUAUCAUGAUUACCAUCAAUGCCAGCAGGGCCCUAGGUUCCCCCAUGUACUUUUUCCUGUCUUACUUAUCCCUUAUAGAUUGCUGCUGUUCUUCAUCUAUGACUCCUAAGAUGCUAGCUGACACUCUUGUUGUGAGAAAAACCAUAUCUUUUGGAGGGUGUAUGACUCAGGUUUUUGUUGAGCAUCUUUUUGGUGCUGCUGAGAUUAUCCUUCUCACAGUGAUGGCCUAUGACCGCUAUGUGGCCAUUUGUAAACCCUUGCACUACCCAACAAUCAUGAGCCAACAAGUGUGUAGCCUUUUUGUAGGAGUAGCUUGGGUUGGAGGCUUUGUCCAUGCAACCAUUCAGAUAGUCUUCACAGUCUGGCUGCCCUUCUGUGGCCCUAAUGUCAUAGAUCACUUCAUGUGUGACUUAUACCCUUUGUUGAAACUCGUCUGCAUAGACACCCAUACCCUUGGUCUCUUUGUUGCUGCCAACAGUGGGUUUAUCUGCUUAUUAAACUUCCUUCUUUUGAUGUUCUCCUAUGUGGUUAUCCUAUAUACUUUGAAAUCUCACAGCUUAGAGGGAAGGCGCAAAGCCCUCUCUACCUGUGUUUCUCACAUCACUGUGGUUGUCUUAUUCUUUGUGCCCUGCAUAUUUGUGUAUUUGCGUCCAGUGACCACCUUCCCUAUAGAUAAAGCUGUAGCUGUGUUUUAUACCAUGAUAACGCCUAUGUUAAACCCUUUAAUUUAUACUUUCAGAAAUGUAGAGGUAAAAAAUGCUAUGAAGAAACUUUGGGUCAAUAGGUGA